CCUAUAUAUUAGCACCGCGAUACAAACCUACCAAUAAUCCAGAAACCUACCAUAAAGAAAAGUAAACAUGCACACGAAGAUGCAGCUGCUGCUCGCCGUUGCCAUGAGCCUGACGCUCACGCAGGGCCACCCCAUGAACAUGUCAACGAUCUGCCACAACGGCACCAACUCCACUGGGCCCUACAUACCCAGUCGUCCCCCGCUGCAAAUGGCGCAGCUGAGUGAAUCCUACCCACGCACCCAAGCCGAACACAAGUUCAGCAAUACCGUCGAGGCGAACGCCUAUACCGGCCUCUUGGCAGUCUUCAUCGCCAUUGCUGUCCUCUUCCCGCUGAUCUUCUGCGGUGGCCUUUGGUUCGAUCGCCGUCGCGCGAGGAAGCCGGUGGUUGUGGAUGACGUUCGAACGGACUAUAGCGCAUCUACUGAUCGGCCGUCCUUCCCUCUGCGUGUCUUUCGCCGUAUGCGCCAUGGGGACGGGACGAAGCCUAAUCUGCCGUACGACCCGAAGACGGACAGCUUUGUGGUGGACGCUCCGGAGGAGACGGACGUGGAGGAGCAUAGGUAACGCGAGGAAGAUGAGGCGGAGAUGACGGUCAACAUAGGGAUGUCUGAAUGCUGAGGAAACUAGAAUGGCGUUGUAAUUUAAAUGAAAGUUUUACUCCUACUUCUGUGUACUUGGGAUGUCGUUCUGCGUGAAGGCGCGGAAGAGAUAGGUUCGGAAAACUGCACUAGGGCGGUACACAACAAGGGACACUUUAUAAGGCACCUGGGCACUUGAUACGUGAAGCAUGCAGUGAUACGAAGUAUAUUG